AUGGAUAAAAUUGUCGUCAGUCUCUUCGGGACCGCGAGGUGGACUGACCACCUCGCCGGGAAGUCGGAGGAUUGUGCCAAACACCAGCUCGGCCGCGCUGCAAUCCAUAUCCGACUUCGGUUUCCAGCGAAUUCCGAGGACCAGGAGCAGGUUGUCCGACCAGUUGCCUGGGUCAUCUGCAGCUCGCGGGGUAUCCUUGAUUUGAGGGUGAAAUCGUUCAACCAUAACAUUGGCAGCUGGGUAGUACACAGUCGUCCGGAUGCGAGUGCAACCAAGAAACUUGAGAAGGAUGUGGAAAAGGCCCCAACCUAUAGAGCUCGAUCCAAACAACAGAUCAAACCAACUCCGUCUCGGUGGUAUCUGGGAGUCCUAAGUCGGAACACAGACUCGAUGCCCCAGCGAGGCAGCUACGAAACCUGGGCCUGCGCAACUCUGCUUCCCACUUUAAUAUUCACAGCUUCACCGUCUACCACAACUCUACUGGAACUUUCCCAACUCGUCAACCAUCAGUCGCUGCUUAUCCACAAGGAUUGUUUUUCACCCGACAAGACCGACUUUCCAAUCUACCUCAGAUUUUAA